AUGUUGCGCAAGCAUGGCGGCAGAUAUUGCAUCCCAUAUUGCCAUAUUGCCAUAUUGCAUCCCUCAGGUUCCAAAAGAUCCACCAGUGUCUCCUCCUUCUUCGUGCAGGUUGUUUUGCUGGUGGCGGUGGUCCUCUUUGGCUGCGCCAACAACAUCGCCAAGCAAAUCGCCGCGCAGCCACUCCAGCGCUACACUUACAUGCUCGGGCUCUCCACGGCCGUCGCUUAUGUGCCGCUGUACUGGUUCAUUCUGGUCCUGCUGCUGCUUAUCCAGGUCGUGCCCAAAUCCCAGUUCCGCUUCGUUUGGAAGCGAGGCGAAGGGCAAGGCCGCAGGGUCGCUGCGCCCGUGGCCCUCCUCGCGGUGUCCGCCCUGGGCGACUCCUUGGGCGACACCAUCGGGGCCAUCUGCACUCCACACGUAAGCGGCCCGCUGCACAGCCUGCUCUCAAACUGCACCCCCAUCUUCAUUGCGCUGCUCUCCAUGUGCCUCCUCCAGGAGCGCUACUCUUUGAUGCAGUCCCUGGCGCUGCUCGGGGUCUUCGCGGCCGUGGUCACGGGGUUGCUGCCUUCACUGGAGGGCCUUAGUGCGACCAGCGAGCCUGUGUUUGCGGUGAUCCUGGGAGGCAGUUGCAUCUUCAAUGCGGUCGCUUUCGUGCUCAAGGAUCUUGUUUUCAAGCGAUACAAGGCGGAGAACGAGGAUGGCCUGAACAUCUUCGUCAUGAACGCCCACCUGGCGCUGUUCCAGCUCCCCCUGACCAUCCUGCUGAUCCCGCUGAACGAACUGCUCAAGCAGACCAACGGCGAAGGCAUCGGCGCCUACACGCAGGAGGCCCUACAUUGCGUUUUCGGUGGGCAGGCUGACAGCUGCGGUGAAGACUCCAAUCACGCGGAGCUAGCUGGCCGCUGCGUCGGCAUCUACGUAAUUUUCAAUGUGCUUUGGAACAUGGCGGUGCUGCUCUCUGUGAAACACUCUGGAGCACUGGUCACUUUCAUCGCGUUGAAGGCGAUUUUCCCGGUCUCGACGAUCCUCUUCGCCUACGUAGAUUGGCCGCUGCUGGGCCCCACACACUUGUCCUGGCUGGUCUGGCUCUCGAUCUUGCUGCUGCUGCCCUCCAUUGCCGCCUACCAGUAUGCCACGCAGCUGCAGGUGCAGCGUGCGCUGUUGCACCCGUCGCUGGGACGCUGUUGCUGGCCCCUCUGCCCGGGCCGGGCUGAGCGCGGGCCCCUUCUUGGCGGGACACUUGGUCCAGAGCUCUGCUCGGAGGGCGGGAAAACGGAGCGAGUCCUUUCUUCUUGCCAGUGCCAUGGCAGUGCCAUGGCAUCAUGGGCAUGCUGUGACAUCGGCAUUCACCAGGCCGAGACUAUGGCAUCGGCCUUCUUCUCUCUCAUCGACUCUAUCGGAGAGACCUUCGAGGGCGUUGUCGAGAAUGUGGAGAAUGUCGUUGGGACCGUGGAGAAGGAGGUGGAGGGUGCAGUGCAGCAGAUGGAUGCAGGGGUGGACCUCGACGACGUCCUGGAGGCCCGCACCACGCGCACCUUCCUCUUCUCCUCGGAGUCAGUGAAUGAAGGCCACCCGGACAAGAUUUGCGAUCAAGUCUCGGAUGCCGUCCUGGAUGCUUGCUUGACAGCGGACCCAAAGAGCAAGGUGGCCUGCGAGACCGCGACCAAGGACAACAUGGUCAUGGUGGCCGGAGAGAUCACCACUGGAGCGAAGCUCGACUACGACAAAGUGGUGCGCGGCGUUGUCCAGCAGAUCGGUUUUGACAGCUUCGUGGAUGACCUGUCCAGUGUGGAUAGCAAGGGCUUGAGCUACAAGACCUGCGAGGUCUUGGUGCGCAUCAACAAGCAGAGCCCGGACAUUGCAGGCGGAGUGCAUGUAGGCAAGGACGAGAUGGACGUGGGCGCCGGCGACCAGGGCAUCAUGUUCGGCUAUGCCAGCGACGAGACGUCCGAUUGCAUGCCCCUGACUCACUCCAUGGCCACCCGCCUCGGCAAGACCUUGACCGACGUGCGAAAGAGCGGCGAGUGCUGGUGGCUGCGACCUGACGGCAAGACGCAGGUGACCAUCGAGUACAUGCAGCAUCCAGAUGGCUCCGUGGAGCCGAAGAAGAUCCACACCGUUGUCAUCUCCACGCAGCAUGCGGAGCCGUCCAAGGCCAAGCGAACACAGGAGUGUGCCGGCUACAGUGGCGCCGAGAUGGUCGCACCCACCAUGGAGCAGAUGAACAAGGAGAUCGAGGAGAAGGUCAUCAAGCGAACGCUUCAGUCCAUCAAAUUGAAGAACGGCCAGCAAGCCAUCAGCCUGUAUGGCAGCCACACGCACCUGCACAUCAAUCCGUCGGGCAAGUUCAUCAUCGGUGGUCCUCAGGGCGAUGCGGGCCUUACUGGUCGCAAGAUCAUCAUUGACACCUAUGGAGGCUGGGGAGCCCAUGGCGGCGGAGCCUUCUCUGGCAAGGACCCCACCAAGGUGGACCGAUCAGCCGCCUACAUCUGCCGGCAGAUGGCCAAGUCCGUGGUCAGCAGCGGCCUGAGCGCGCGCUGCCUGGUGCAGCUGUCGUACGCCAUCGGCGUGGCCAAGCCCCUGUCCCUGUUCGUGGAGACCUACGGUAGCGAGAAGGGCGCACUGACCGUGGAUGACAUUACCAACGUGCUGAAGAUCGAGUUCGACUGCCGGCCUGGCGCCAUCGCCCAGUCGCUGGCCCUGCGGGAACCCAAGUACCAGGACACGGCCGCCUACUGCCACUUUGGCCGCGAGCCGGUGACCAAGAACGGCAUCAAGUUCUUCGAGUGGGAGAACUCCAAGGACCUGUCUAAGUACAAGAGCAUGAGCUCGUCCCAGGUGGAGGCCGCCCUGAAGGCCAGCACCUACUUGACCAAGUGGGUGGACUAA